AUGGGGGAUUAUCCGUACUACAACCCAUCUUUAGAUACUGUUCGCCUCGAGCUAGCUGAUGACGACAAACUACGAGACUUAGCCAGCAUUGACUUUGAGAUUCGAUCUAUGGGGAUUCCAUUUCACUUAAUUGACGGCGAGGUUUGGAGAGCAAUCGGCGCAGAUAUCCGACACUUCCAUAGCCUCCGCGAGAUAGUCUUUGUGCUCGGACGAACCCGUGCAAAUUGCGAGAUGGAGCUUGUGUAUGUUGAUGAGAACUCCCCAGAGGUCACGCAGAGAUAUCCUCAUAAUCCUAAUGGUAGAGCCGGGGUCCGCGAAUUUGUCCGAGCCUUUAAAGCGGAAUUGGCGUCAAGACACAAGAAGUGGGAAUUAAAUCAAUGCCGACGUGCAGACAAGAGUAAAUCAACUAAACAUUGGAAUCUUCCCGAGGUCAAAGUUGCUUUUUUAAAAGCUCUAUGUACCAGCACUUCUCCUUACUCUUACGUUAAUCGUUUCCCAGAGAGAGCCGACUUUCCAGAGGAGCUGCCGUGGGGUGACAUUCAUUGA